AUGGCUUUCAAGAAAGAAUCAAGGUUGAGCGAUCCCAAAGCAACCAUUCUGAGCCAGUGUUUUGCGGCGUAUGGCGUGGAGGCGAGACGGAAUAACGUUCGAGCUACGCGCACCUCAACUAGCAGCGAAUCCGGGAGUCGACCGAGCAUAUCGCCCACGUCCAGCACAUAUUCUGCCGACCUUGCACUCUUGGAUGACCUGAUGGACUCUCCCUAUGACCGAUCUUUCCUCCCCCUUACGCCAACCGAAGAAACCUUACCACUGUUAUCAGAGCCUGAUCCUGGUUACUACCCUACUUCUAUGGGAUCCGUAGUUACAGGGGGGCAUCCGUUGCCCGCCGCUGACGUGCAAGGCUUUCGUUUACCCAUCGACCAAAACCUCAAUAUCGUUGUAUCUGGGUAUACAGGAUAUGGGGACUCUGCCUUUGCCAACCCGGAGAAUGCCUCUGGGAAUAUGCAGGGCUUUCCUUAUGAUUACUAUCCUUCCGGAAACCAACUCUAUCUUACACAAGGGCCCAACUUGACAAUUGAUCAAGGAAUUGCGUCUGGCUGGGAACCAGAUGCUAACUACAUCUGGAACUCCUCCACUAUCAAUCAGGACAGCAUCUUUGAUCAAGCCGUAGCUGCUCUCAAUACAACGCACCAGUACUCCGAAUUCAGAUUCCCUCAGCUUGCUAACGACAAUCAUUACAUGCCUGAUAUCUAUCAAUCUAAUACGCUCACCCAGCAUGAGUACUAUUCUGGUCCGUAA